AUGCCGCUCGCCCAGCUGGCCGAGCCCUGGCCCAACAUGGAGCUGGUGCAUCUGGACACGGAGAAUGGGCAGGCUGCUCCAGAAGAAGGUGGGAAUCCUCCAUCCAAGGCAAAAUCAGACAUCACUUGGAUAGAGAAAGACCUUGUGGACUCGGCAGACAAGGGCGAAGGUGUUGUGAAAGAAAUCAACAUCACGCACCAUGUGAAGGAAGGCUCCGAGAAAGCCGAUCCUUCCCAGUUUGAGCUCCUGAAGGUGCUGGGACAGGGCUCUUUUGGCAAGGUUUUCUUGGUGAGAAAAAUAACUCCGCCAGACAGCAACCACCUCUAUGCCAUGAAAGUGCUCAAGAAGGCGACAUUGAAAGUGCGUGAUCGAGUAAGGACAAAGAUAGAAAGGGACAUCCUGGCUGAUGUAAACCAUCCUUUUGUGGUGAAACUCCACUACGCAUUCCAGACGGAGGGGAAGCUGUACCUCAUCUUGGAUUUCCUCAGAGGAGGUGACCUUUUCACUCGGCUUUCCAAAGAGGUCAUGUUCACUGAGGAGGACGUGAAGUUCUACCUAGCAGAGCUGGCUCUGGGGCUUGACCAUUUGCACAGCCUGGGAAUCAUAUACCGAGAUCUCAAACCAGAGAACAUCCUCCUGGAUGAAGAAGGACACAUCAAACUCACAGAUUUUGGCUUGAGUAAGGAGGCUAUAGACCACGAGAAGAAAGCCUAUUCCUUCUGUGGGACAGUGGAAUACAUGGCACCAGAAGUUGUGAAUCGCCAGGGCCACUCUCACAGUGCUGACUGGUGGUCGUACGGGGUGUUGAUGUUUGAAAUGCUCACCGGCUCGCUGCCCUUCCAGGGGAAGGAUCGUAAGGAGACGAUGACCCUCAUCCUCAAAGCAAAGCUGGGCAUGCCACAGUUCCUGAGCUCUGAAGCACAGAGCCUCCUGCGAGCCCUUUUCAAAAGGAAUCCAGCCAACAGAUUAGGUUCUGGACCAGAUGGGGCGGAAGAGAUCAAGCGCCAUCCUUUCUACUCUACCAUUGACUGGAAUAAGCUGUACCGCAGGGAAAUCAAACCGCCCUUCAAGCCUGCAGUAGGCCAGCCAGAUGACACCUUUUAUUUUGACACAGAAUUUACAUCACGUACACCAAAAGAUUCCCCAGGCAUCCCCCCUAGCGCGGGGGCCCAUCAGCUCUUCCGAGGCUUCAGUUUCGUGGCGACCGGAUUGAUGGAGGAUGGCAAGGUGAAACCUGCCCAGUCGCCUCUGCAUUCGGUGGUACAGCAGCUGCACGGCAAGAAUGUCCAGUUCAACGACGGCUACGUGGUGAAGGAGGCAAUCGGCGUCGGCUCCUACUCCGUGUGUAAACGCUGCAUUCAUAAAGCAACCAACAUGGAAUACGCAGUCAAGGUUAUUGACAAGAGCAAGCGAGACCCUUCUGAGGAAAUAGAAAUCCUCCUGCGAUAUGGGCAGCAUCCAAACAUCAUCACCUUGAAAGAUGUUUACGAUGAUGGGAAGUACGUGUAUCUGGUGACUGAGCUGAUGAGGGGAGGGGAGCUGCUGGAUAAAAUCCUCAGACAGAAGUUUUUCUCGGAGAGGGAAGCCAGUUCGGUCCUGCACACGAUCUGUAAAACGGUGGAGUAUCUGCAUUCCCAAGGGGUGGUUCACAGGGACUUGAAGCCCAGCAAUAUUCUCUACGUGGAUGAGUCAGGAAACCCCGACAGCAUUCGCAUUUGUGACUUCGGCUUUGCCAAGCAGCUGAGGGCUGAGAAUGGCCUUCUCAUGACUCCUUGUUAUACGGCAAACUUCGUGGCACCCGAGGUACUAAAACGCCAAGGCUACGACGAGGGCUGUGACAUCUGGAGCCUGGGAGUUCUCCUGUACACCAUGCUCGCAGGCUGCACUCCGUUUGCAAACGGUCCCAGUGACACUCCAGAAGAUAUCCUGACCCGGAUAGGCGGGGGGAGGUUCUCCAUCAGUGGAGGCAACUGGGACACUAUUUCUGACAUGGCCAAGGAUCUGGUAUCAAAGAUGCUUCACGUAGAUCCUCACCAGCGUCUAACAGCCAAGCAGGUCCUGCAGCAUCCGUGGAUAACUCAGAAGGACAGCUUACCCCAGAGCCAGCUGAAUCACCAGGACGUUCAGCUUGUAAAGGGGGCAAUGGCCGCCACAUACUCUGCACUGAACAGCUCCAAGCCAAGCCCCCAGCUGAAGCCCAUCGAAUCCUCCAUUCUGGCACAGAGGCGGGUGAAGAAACUUCCUUCCACCACACUGUGA